GACUCCGCUCAGAAUUCACCCCUCGAGGCCCAGAUUCCCACAUACUCCGGACUGAGCUCUGCAGUAGCCAUGCCAACCACCGUGCUGGGAUUGCUGGGAGUUUUGCUCUGUGCCCUUGCCGUUAGUUCUGAGGUCACACCACAGCCCGACUUCGACGUCAAGGGGGUGGCUGGGAAAUGGUAUCUGAUUGGAUUUGCCACCAACGCAGAAUGGUUUGUCGCCCGUAAGGCGAACAUGAAGAUGGGAGUCGCCAUGCUGACACCGAGAGAUGAAGGAGAUCUGGAGAUGGCAUAUUCCAGUCUCAAUCCUGAUGGCACAUGCUGGAGGAUGACCCAUCUCGCUCAAAAGUCUGAUGUUCCUGGAAAAUUCAGCUUCCGCAGUGAACGCUGGGAGACUGACAAUGACAUGUGUAUUGUUGAUGUGAAGUAUGAUGAAUAUGCUUUGAUCCACACGGUCAAGACAAAGGACGGCUUCACUACAGUGCUCGACAAACUUUAUGGCCGAUCACCCGACCUGAGCCAGGAUGUCUUGGACAAGUUCACUGCAUUUUCUCUGGAGCAAGGCGUUCUGCCGGAGAACAUCGCCAUCCUGCCUAAAAAUGACGAGUGCCCUUGAUGAGCUGAUGUGAAGAUCCUCUCUGGCCCCUGAAUCCUGACUUACUUAUGACUGUAGUGAAACCUUUAAAGUGCCCUCUAGUGUUACGCUCUCAGUAUCAGUCCUUUUUACCCUCUUAAAGUUCUUUUCUUCACUUCCUAUCAUUUCUUCAUGAGUUUGGACCAAUAAAAUUUUUUGUGAAUCUCUGUUA